ACAGGUAGUAGUGGCCCAGCAGACUCCAGCUAAGAGCACCAAAGGGAAAGGGAAAAAGAGUCGGGUUGCUUCGGAUGCGGAACCCUUGCUUCCUACUAGUCCCUGUAGUUCCAUAUCUUCAGGGCCCAUCUCACCUUUUAGCCCUCCUAGCUCCGCCACUUCAACUGAGACAGAUAUUGACCUUGACCAACUUUUGGGUUCUUUGUCCCCUAUUGGUAGCCCUGAGCCGAAUCAAAUUGAUAAAAAGGUACUGGGUAGUACUAGUCCAUUCAUGAAUGGCUCUGUUAAGAGUUCAUCCCCAGGCAAUGUUAAAUCUGUGUCUCCAGCAGUAAGCCCUAAACCCCUCAAGAGCAACAAUCCAUUCAAAGAUGAUAUCGCCACAUUACGUACCCAAAUUGAAAACUUGGAUGUCAAUGCCUUCAUGGCUAAUGUAUCAUCCAGUCAAAGUACAGCUGGCAAAACCACAGAGUCCUCCUCCCCUAAGAGCCCAUUCUGGUUGCAAAAUAACAAUGUUAAUACAAAUACACCAACAACUGCCACUAGUACUCCAGUUGUAACAACCACAAAAGAUAAUGAUACUAAGGUGGCUAAACGCCCAGCUCUCCCAGAGGGGGCCACCCUAUCCCUCCCAUCAUCUGGGGUCUCUAGAUCAAUCUUUGCCCGCACAUUUACGACCACGACAAAUGAUAGUGCCAAACCUACAUUUACGACAACAACCCCAGUCACAACCACUGGGGUCAAACCAUCAGUGCCAGCUAAGUCAAGCAAUAUCAAAAGCCCAACUGUUGGAAAACCCAAGGGAGCCCCACCUAAUAAACCACCACCAGCUGUCCCCACUAGAGCCCCAACUACACGGCUCUCAACAAUACAAGUUGAGGACCAAACUUCAACUGCUGAACAAAAUAACAUCAAGAUUUCUAACUCCUUGAAUACUACCUCGACUAUAGUUGGAACAAAUAAUAAUAAUGUCAUAAAAUCUCCCAAAUCCCCUAAACAACCACCGCCCAAAUCUCCAAAGUCACCCGCUCAUUUGACCCCAAGGUCUCCCAGUCUUCAGUCUCCAAAAUCACCCAGUAAUCUCUCCCCGAAGUCCCCUCAGAUGAGGUCCCCAUCACCUGCUACCAAGGCUAAGACAGCCUCUCUUCCGUAUAAUCCUUCUGCUUCUAAGGGUCAAGGUCAUAUUAUUGGUGAAGGUCACAGCUUGGGAGAAAAUGGUGUUCUUGGAAUUGAUGCUCUAAUUGUAAGUUUUCUCAGCAAAUUCAGGUCCUAACUAGUUUGCAUGCUGUUUUUUGAAUUACCCAAAAGUUAACUAUAAAAGUUAUUUAAGGUGUUUUCAAAUGCAUGUGAUUUUUAAAACGAAAAUAAAGUUGAGUAAGUUUGAAAAUUUAGAAACUCUAAAAAAUGCAUGAACAUAGUUAUUCUUUGAAAAUAAAAUGUGUUUGGUUUUUCCAAUAGGAGACCGCAUUGUGAUACAGUAGACAAACCUAGAAAUAGAAGUCAAGGUGGCUAUAUUACAGAAGCACAUUCUCUAUAGUUCCAUACUAAUUAAUUAAAACUAAUCAUAUCCAGUUCGGUAGUACUAUAAAGUAACACUUAGUCGACAUCUUGAGAAUUUUACUUGGACCUGAAUUUUCGCAUGGGAAGAUUUGCAUGUGUUAAAUGAAUGUUUCUACUAACUAAUUACUUUGUUAUUAAUUUUCAGGUUGUUUACAACAAUUAAAAUAGUAUUUAUUAUUAAUUUAUGACCCAACCUUAUGAGUCAAGAUAUAUAAAUUAAAUGUCCAUAAAACUAAAUGUGAA